AUGUCCCUCCUCAAAUCCAAGUACACCAUCACCGCCCCAGAAACCAACCUCCUCAGCUACCUCUUCGACUCGCCCUACAACGAUGAAGGGGUCUGGCCCGCGUCAGAACCCAUCUUCGUGCCCGCAAACGCGUCUUUACAACACCCCGGGUACGCCAUCGAAGAGAUAAAGUCCCUCGUCCGACGCCUGGGAAACGGCCUCCACGCCAUCGGAGCCAGCGGCAAACGCGUGAUGGUCUACGGCAAGCCGAACUACAAUUUCUCCAUCGCUGUGCUGGGCGCCAUAGCGGCCGGUGCCGCGGUGAAUAUCCUGGCGCCUAGCCCGGUGACGUAUCUUGUUUCGAGGCUGCGGCAGCUGGAGUGUGACAUUGUGCUUUUUUCGCCUAAGCAAGUGGAUAUCGAGGUCGUUCGCGAGGCUGCGGCGGAGUGUGGGAUCUCAAGGGAGAAGCUAUUUGUUGUUGAUGAGUUCCUGGGCCGCGAGACUGCGGGUGCGUCUGCGACCGGAACUCUGGAUCGAAAGCCUAGGCAUUGGGGAUAUCUCCUUGAUAUGCCCGGCGGCGAUGCGAACCCCCAAACUCGCCCGCCGAACACACCACAGCCUAAUCGGGAACAUCGCGCAAGCCCUGCACCACGAGACCCUCGUCCCCCGAAACAACGAGAUAACCGCGUGCGUCUUCCGGUUCGCGGGGCUGGGGUUCCUGCUCUUCGGGAUCCUGAUCCCGCUCAAGGCCCGAUACAAGCAUAUCUUCCUCCCGGGCGCGGACCUGUCGUCGUUCACCGAGAUGGUGGCGCGCUUCAGGCCGACGACGGCUAUAGUCCCGUCGCAUUUGAUGCGGGAGGCGCUGGCGUUGGCGGCGUCUGCGCCGGAGAGACCGGAGCUAGACCUGCAGGCGGCCUCUUCACACUCCCACACCCAGGGGAUCCAGUUAUCGACGCCACAACGGGAAUCCUGCUACCCAACGUCGAAGCAAAGAUCAUCGAUGACAACGGCGCCAUCGUACCACGCAAUCAAAAAGGGACUGUCUGUAUCCGGACACCUUUCGUCAUGAAGGGGUAUCUUAAUGAGCCGGCGCAUACGGCUCAGACUAUCGCGGACGACGGCUGGAUCAUCACCGGCGAUAUUGGGUGGGUUGAUGAGCGGGAUAUGCUCUUUGUUGUGGGCCGGUGGAAGGAUAUGUUCAAGAUCAGGAACCACCAGCCCACAGUGGCCGAGAUCGAGACGGCUGUUUCUCGGCAUCCCGGUGUGCGGGAUGUGGCUGUUAUUCCUGUUCUUUUACAAGAAGGCGAGGAGCCCGUUCCGCGCGGCUACAUUGUAAAGAAAGACGGGUCAAACUUGUCGGCAGACGAGUUGAUAGCUUGGAUGCGGCAGGAAUUCCCACCGUGGAUUCAGCUGCUCGGUGGCGCUGCCUUUCUUGAUGCUAUACCAAUUGCGAGUACGGGGAAUAGCAAGGUUGAUCGGAAGAAGUUGGCUGAAAUGGCUGAGGGGGGGCUUCGAUCUGUGCAUCCGGAAGAUGUUUGA